AUGGAGGUGGGGCUGCCGACGAUGAACACGAUGCUGACCCAGCUCAGCCGGCUGGUCCCGGCCUUCCUGUACCCGUCGCUGCGCACGCUGCUGAUCAGGACGCUCCAGAUCGGGCCCUUGCCCGGCCAUGUGGGGUUCAUCAUGGACGGCAACCGCAGGUUCAGUCGCGCCGUCGGCCUCUCCGUCGCCGACGGCCAUCGCGCCGGCUUCGAGGCCCUCAAAAGAAUCUUGGAGCUCUUGCUCCGGCUCAACGUCCCCCACGUCACCGUCUAUGCCUUCGCUAUCGGCAACUUCAAGCGGUCGCCGGAGGAGGUCAACAAACUGAUGGAUCUGGCGCGCACCAAGCUCGUCCAGAUCUGCGAGAAAGGACAGUUGUUGGAUAGGUACGGGAUCCGGGUGGUAGUGAUCGGGCGGAAAGAUCUGCUGCCGGCGGACAUCAAGGCGUCGGUCGAACGAGUCGAGGAGAUGACGGCGAACAACAAGAACGGGUGUUUGAACGUCGCGUUCCCGUACUCGUCGCAAGAGGAAAUGGCCAGCGCGAUCUACACGACGGCGCAGGACGCGAUCGCGCAGCACGUGCCCGCCGCGGCGAUCGACAUCGACACGAUCGCCGGCAACCUGUACACGGCGCACAGCCCGCCGCUCGACAUCCUCAUCCGCACCUCCGGCGUCUCGCGGCUGUCGGACUUCCUGCUGUGGCAGACCACGCUGAACUCGAGCGAGUACGCGCGGCCGGCAGACCCCGUCGAUCCGCCCGAGCCGCGCCAAGAAAGGCGCAAGACCGCCCGCGGCCCCCGCCGGAACACAACCGCCGGCGCAUCCGUCCAUUUCGUCCCCAAGUUCUGGCCCGACUUCGGCCUCCUCGACGUCUUGCCGGUCCUUCUCGGAUGGCAAGCCGAAACAAUCAUCCACCGGUUCCUCCCCUUUCUUCACUGA